GUAUAGGCUCAACCUCGGUGAUCUGUGGAUUUAGGUUAUGUAUGGUAUAACCCUUAUUCUUACAGUAUAGAAUUAUCACAGAUUACAGAGUAACGUCUGUGAUCUGUGCAUCUAUGGUGUAAACUGUAAACAAUUUAUCUCGCAGAAACACCCCCUGAAUUUGUCUUUAAUUCACAGACUUUAAUUGUCGCGAUGUUUUGGAACCAGCGCGACUUGCCCCAGCCCCCCAUAAGUUCAUUCAAAGCCACCAAUCGCGACUUAGAUUUGAAUAAACUGCGAAAUGCCCUAAAUGAAGGCAUCAAGGAACUUCAGGACAACAUGUUACUGAAGAGCGAAUGGGGGAUUUUGUCCCGAAUACUCUACAGGAUGAAGAUGAAGUUCAGAAGCUCCAAAGACUUCAAAUUGCUGGAGAAAAUCAAUCGUUGUCUAACUCUUUAUUUCCGUCCGAAUAUGGUGCUGCACUUGAAAAACAUACUCGAGUUGGUGCCAGCUCAGUACGACAACGACACCUACUUGCCAACCAAAAACAUGCUCUGUUAUAUCUUGGUUCGGCUUCAAGGUUUGGCCAAACUCAUGGCAACAACUUUCGAAACCGCUACACGUGCGGCCGACCAACUGAAUAGCAGAUGCCGAAUUGGUCAUUUUUGGAAGUUGUUCGUUAUUUUGUUCGCGGUCGUUUCACGAUUGGCAAUUUUAAUCAAAUUCAAUACCAAAUUUCUGUGCAAACUGUAUGGAAAACUGUUGCCGCAUGCCGAACAUUUGGAAAAUCUUGGCGAGAGUUGGCUGCCGCCAGAAGAAGUUUUGCCUCUGGAUUUGAGGAGUUGGCUAGAAGUUCAGUGGGUGUACGAAGAAGAUUUCGUAGAUCUUACAUGCCAAUCAUCAAAUGAUGUAGUGGAUUUCUUUGAUUUGGUCGACGAUGAAGGCGACGACGUGCAGUUUUGCGAUGAGUACGUUUUGCUAGACGAAGAUGAGGAGCUCGGUCUGAACUUCUCUAAACUCCGCAACCUGAAAAAGAGCUUGUUGCCAAACCGAUUGAGAGGAUUCAGUAUUACUGAAGACGACUUGGAGGUCAUCGAACUGGACCGUACCAUUCAGAGACAAGUCUCUGGUACCAUUGUACAUCGUCAAGAAAAAGUUCUCGAACGUGAAGUUGACGAACUUGAAGAUAUUGGCGAAGAAAUAUUGCCAAGCGAAGCACAAAGUAGGGAUACUGACAAUGAUUUAGGGGAGCAAGAAAGCAUCGUAAUCAUUAAUGAGUCGCCUGAACAAAACCGGCCAGCUAAAAAGAAAAAAACGAAGAAGAAGAAACAAACCAGCAGCUCAGUGCAUGGAAAUGCGUUGUCGAAAAAAGAAAGAAAAGCCUUAAAGUUGCAGAACAGUGCAUCACCUGGUACGGGAAAAAAAGACAGACAAAAACAGGAUAAAAUAAAGAAACUUGACAAGCUCACGAAACUUCAGACAAAGAAAAAGAAGAAACUCCUAAAAACACCACAAAACACAUCCAGUUAUAUAAGCUUGAGUCUAGAUGUUGACGUAGUAUAACACGACAAAAAAAGUUAUAAAAUAGUUGAUGUAUUAAAAAACUUUUGCAAAAA